AUGCCCGCUAGGGGCAGCUUUGCGCCGCCAGGCGGGGGUGCAGGCGCGCGGAGGGGGGAGGAUCCGCGGCAGCGAAUCCUUUCCUCCCGCGGAUUGGGGCAUUCGGGGGACAACAGCCCUAGCCGCUCCGCCGCGCGCCCGCUCGGGGGAGGCGCCACGUCAGCGCCGCGUCAGCAUUAUAGAGACGAAGACGGGCGGGGGAGUCAGGGGUAUGAUGACUAUAGUAGGAGCCCUUCCCCCGAUAGGAGGGGGAGGGGAGGGGGGAGAGGAGGCGGAAGGGCGGGAAGCAGCGGGCUGAGAAGGAAUGGGUAUGAUGAGGUUGAAAGGGGUAGAGGAGGGUGUGAUGAUGAUUCGAGAUCAGGGUCUUCGUAUGAGGACUAUGAUGGGGGCAGGAGGAGGAGAGGUGAUGAGUAUGAGGGGGGUGGGAGGAGGAGGGAUGAUGGUGAUGAUGGGGGCAGGAGGGGGAGGGAUAAUGGUGAUGAUGGGGGCAGGAGGAGGAGAGAUGAUGAUUAUGAGGGGGGUGGAAGGAGGAGAGAUGAUGAGUAUGAUGGGGUGGGAGGGGGAGGGAUAAUGGUGAUGAUGGCGGGAGGAGGUGGAGAGGUGAUGACUAUGACGAUAGGAGGAGGGAUGAUGAUUAUGACGAUAGGAGGAGGGAUGAUGAUUAUGAUGGUAGGAGGAGGAGUGGGGAUGAUGACGAUGGAGGGGAUGGAGGCAGGGGAAAUGGGGGAAGAGGGGAUGGAGGCAGGGGAAAUGGGGGAAGAGGGGAUGGAGGUAGGGGAAAUGGGGGAAGAGGGGUUGUGGGAAGAGAGGAUGGGGGAAGAGGGAAUGGGGGGAGGGGGUAUGGGGGGAGGGGGAUUGGGGGGCGGAAUGGGGGGGGUUCGGGGUUUGGGGUUAGGUUUCGGGGGAGGGAGUGGAAGGGAGAGGAGGGAGGAGUGGAGGGAGGAAGGCGAGGAGGGGAAAGGGAGGAGGGCAGAGCUGAGGGGAGGGUUGGUGGGUAUGGGGAAGAGUAUAGCGGUGAGGGGAGAGAGGGAAAGUGAGUAUAUUGAGGGAAACUAUGUGGAGGGUGACUACAACGAGCGGGAAAUGGGUCAUGAUAUACACGGUCGUGGGUAUGAUGAUAGGUAUGGGGAGGAGGAGCAGGAGGGAGUGAGGGAGAUGAGGGGAGGUGGAGAGGAGAUGGGGAUGGAGAUUGUGAGGGAGGAGGAGCAGGAGGAGGAGGGGAGGAGGAGGAAGGGGAGGGGGAGGGACGGUAUGAUGCUGAUUCACAGGAAAGGGGGGAUUAUGGUUACAGACGUGACGAUGGUUCUGGUUACCAUGAUGACGUCACUGCUGAGCUGGCAGAAGACCCUCAUGCGCAUCCUGAUGACGUGGCAGCAGGCCACCCAGGGGCAUUAUAACGAAGAGGAGUAUGGUGACGGUGGUGCUUAUGGUGGUGGUAAUUAUCCUGGGGAGCAUGGGGUUGUUGAUGGGGCAUAUGAUGGGGAUGUGCAUGAAGGCUACGCCGACCGACAGUUGCAUGGAAAAUUUGAGGAUGUUUAUGAUAAGGAUGGGCAUGGGCAUGCCAAUCAUGCAGUUCGCAGUAGACAGAGUAACGAGGACGGUUAUAUAGGUGCUCAGGAUGGUUAUCACCAAGAAGGUAACCACCGGGACGGUUACCCGCAGGAUGGUUACCAAGAAGACGGUUACCAGCAGGACGGUUACCACCGAGAUGCUUAUCCUGCUGCUGAGGAUAAUUAUGAUGAUGAUGAUGGAGGUGGUUACCACCACAGUAACCACAACACCUCAUCAAGACACGCUACUGCAAGCCAUCCCCCUCAAUACUCCUCCUCUCCCCAACAGCGGUCUGCUAGCAACUCCCCUCAACAGCCGCCCACUGGUUAUCCCUACCAGAGCUCGCCUGGUGUGUCCUCCCCACAGCAAUCGUCUCACCUCUCCUUCCACCAGUCACAGUCAACACCGUCGCCCUCCCAACAGGGGCAGCAGCAGCUGGGGAUGGCGCGGUCACCUUCGAAUGGGAUGGCUCGAACCGCCUCCUACAGCAGUGGGAGUCCGGCUGCGGCUGGUUCUCCUGGGUUAGGAGGUGUUGUGAGCGGUGCUGGUGGUAAUUCUGCUGCUGGGGAAGGGGCUAUGCCUGGCCGAUCCUCUUCUUCUGCCACAGGUCGCUCUCCAAUUGGUCAUACCCGGUCUAACUCCCAGAGCCUACCAAUGGCGGUGACGCCACCGCCGCCCGGCGCGUCGCCAGCUGGGCGGUCCAGGUGGCGCAAUAUCAUUGGUCGGCCGCUGGAGAGCUUUGCCGCCCGGUUUGAGCUCACAGGGGAGGUGCUGGGAAAGGGGUAUUUCGGAGAUGUGGUGGUGUGCGUGGAAAGGGACAGCGGGGAGCAUUUCGCGUGUAAAGUGAUCAACAAGGCGAAUGUGAAGACUCCAGAGGAUGCAGAGGACGUGCAGAACGAGGUGGCAGCGCUUGAGGCGCUGAGGGGCCACCUACACAUCGUGCAGCUGAUAGAGACGGUGGAGGAGCCAGAGACGGUGUAUCUGGUGAUGGAGCUGUGCCAAGGGGGCACUCUACAGCAGGCAGUGAGGGAGCAAGGGCCGUUCAACGAGCCGCAGGCAGCAGCGGUGGUGGCGGCAGCAGCAGAGGCGCUGCUGCAGUGCCACUCCAACGGCAUCAUACAUCGCGAUGUGAAGCCCGACAAUGUCCUCCUCGGGGAGCGUUUGGACGUUUCUGAGGGAGGUAUACCUGGGGACGUGAAGAUCUGCGACUUUGGCAUCUCAACGUUCUUCCAGCCAGGAACAACGUGCAGUGAGAUAGUGGGAACGGCCUCCUUCCUCUCCCCCGAAAUGCUCGCUCAGACCUACUCCUGCCCCACCGACAUCUGGAGCCUGGGAGUGCUGCUGCACCUGCUGCUCUCGGGAUUCCUCCCCUUCCGCGCGCCCACCAAAGAGGCCGUCUUCGAGGCGAUUCUGGACGGCAGAGUGGAUUUCCGGGCGGCGCCGUGGCCGAUUGUGUCGCUAGCUGCCAAGGACCUAGUGUCUCGGAUGCUGAUGGUUGAUCCGGAUGAGCGGAUCACAGCAGAGGAGAUUCUCAGUGAGUGGGGGGGAGAGAUGGGCGGGAUGGGCAAGGAGGAAAGUUGGGGGGAAUGA